AUGGGGGAUGGAAGACGUGACAACUUCAAAAGUAUGAGCACUGAACGCCUUAAACUGGAGUUAUUGGAAGAAAUCCAUAUGAAAGACUUAGUACAAACCUCAAUAUUUGAAAUAAGACACAAGAUAGUGGAACUGAAAGCCAAACUCAUUAUUGACAAUGGAUGUAGUGAAUGGAAAACCCGUUAUGAGACACACCUUGAGCUGAAUGAUCGACUAGAAAAGCAAAUUGCUACUCUCAGAGAGAAAAUGGAAAAACUCCGUGGAAAUCCUUCAGAUAGAUUAUCUUCUAUUCGUGUCUAUGAGCAAAUGCCAGUGGAAUCCUUAAGUAAUUUACUUAGACAGCUAGAAAAAGAAAAAAGGAUCCUUGAAAAUCGAGUGAAAGACUGUGCACUUAGACUGGAACAAGAAUCAAAGGCUUACCACAAGGCCGACAAUGAACGCUGUAUAUACCUAGCUAAGGUAUCUCAGCUCUAUGGCUCAUACCAAGGUUCUAAAAGACAACCAAUGAAUCAACUGCAUAGAAUGAAAGAGAAUCCAGUGAAAACAGGAAGAUAUAACCCAGCUAAUCAGAAGAUUGUAAAUACCAAGAGAGGACCAGCAAAAAAGAUUACAUGA